GUAUAUAAAAAUCCCACGAGUUGGUUGCGUGUGCUCUGCGGCUGUUCGCUAAUUAAGAAAACUUCAUAAAUUUUACCGGUUGUAUUUCCACUUAAUCCCCCCCAACAACAAUUCAACAAAAUGGUGUACGCUGUUAAAGACGUGAACGACUUCAAGACACAGCUGACGAAUGCUGGCGACAAGCUGGUCGUUGUGGACUUCUUUGCCACCUGGUGUGGACCCUGCAAGAUGAUUGCGCCCAAGCUGGAGGAACUGUCGCAGCAGUAUGCCGAAAAGAUAGUCGUGAUCAAGGUCGAUGUGGACGAGUGCGAAGACAUCGCCAUGGAGUAUAACAUUUCCAGCAUGCCCACGUUCCUGUUCAUCAAGAACUCCGUCAAGGUGGAGGAGUUCGCCGGCGCCAAUGCCGGCCGACUGGCCGAGACCAUUCAGAAGCUCAUUUAAACGCAAACGCAAUAACAGUUAAACCCAAAUGCCUCUUCAAAUGGAUUGUCCCCGCGACCACAAAAAGACAAUUCGCUUAGGUGUAUCAAUGAGUUUUCUUCAUACCAUUUAGUUAAUUAUGUAUUCCAUAAGUGCAAUGUUGCCUGUGACGUGUUCAACAACAACAAAUAAGAAGCAAAGAAAAUAGGAAACAUUUUAUCGAAUCAAUCAUUGCACUCGAUUUACGCGGAUUAAUUGCAUUAUUAGUAACCGAAAUUAUUUGCCGUGUUCCACACUGCAGCGCAGCAUGAACAAAAAAUGAGAUACAAAAGUGGCUUUAAAUGUAACUAAAGUAAAAUGUUUGCCUAAUUUACUAACUAGUUAAGACGGGUUCUUUUUGUAACGCAAAUUUAUUGUAAACGUUUCACGAAAACAGCAAACAGAUUAAAUCAAAUA